AUGAGUUACGAGGGCAAAACAUUCUCACUAAACAAAGCAAUCGAAGAGGAACAAAUCAAAUCAAGACACCGUGAGGGGUCACCAACAGAUAACGAAGCUACAACAUUUUCCCGUGGCAAAACCAUCGCAGAAAAUCGAAAUAGAAGAUCAAGACACCCUGAAGAAUCACUAGCAGCAACAUUCCUGAAUAUCCACAGGCCAAGAAUUACAGAUUAUAUAGACAGACAAGUAAAGAAAGCCACAAAGUACCGAAAAACAUAUCAAAUCGAAUCGCCCUUUAAGCCAAAACUAUCGAAAAGAUCACAAGCACUACAAAAUCUACGACUUCCCCAUAGAAGAAAUAAUGAAGACCUUAGGGACUAUGACAGUAUCAAUGAAAAUUAUAUGCCACUAUUUAGAAGCCUUAGUUUGCUUCUUGAUAAUAUUUUCAUCGACGAUUCGAGGGAGCCCGGUAUCAUCAGAAAUAAAUUUAAAAGGAAUCCAACUCGGGAAUCAAACGAAGUUGUUUGCAGCUGUUCCCCUAAGGCAAGUGAACAAUAUCCUUCAACAGAGUCGUAUGAAGAGACAGUUGUUCCCACCACGAUUAUCGGCAAAGAGAUCGAGAUUGAGGCCUUUACCCCUUCCCCGACUACCACCACGAAGACCCAUAGUCUUACCACUAAUAACAUCAGCAGUGUCGGACGGAAUACGAACGUAUCCGUAUUACCUACAGGAAAUACCAUUAGCUUUAGGCGAAACAUUCAUGGAGACAGUGAGAGAAGCAGCACCACACAUAUCAAAUACACUGAAAGACCUAUCACCGGGGAUAACGGAAAUCAUGAAUUCGAUUCCGGAGACGGAGUCCAUGAGCCCUAUACACAGAAUGAUGAAAACCAUCCCAACAGCAAUCCACGAAACGAUUCAAGUAGCCAUGAAUCCAGAGGAGGAAAGGGAAAUGGAAUCGAACCCUUUAGUGGAAAUGAAAUCUUCAAAAGCUCUAUUGAAUCCACUGAAAGCUUUCAAACAGACCUAUCUCAAUACAAAGGAACAGAUAAAUACCAAAAUAGAGGAAACAAGGCAGAGAGCACAUCUAUUCCAACAGAAUUUAGUACAGAAUUACAAGGAAGUGAUUCCAAACACACCAAUGAAGCCAUACCAGGACAUGAAAAAGACAGAAUUGAAGCAUAUUACACCAACGCUAAACAAGUCCAUAACAGAAAUAGCACAAAUAUCUCAGAAAAUAAAAAAAAUCGUGAAUCAAAUGAAACAAUGAAGAAGAAUAAAGAUUUACAGAAUGGGAAAGUUGUAAUCAUCUAUGAUGGAUAUAGUAUAGCAAGAGAUGUUAAUGGUGAAAAUAAAUUAUCUGAACAAGCUAUUCAAAUUCAUACAUAAACAACCGAUGAUUAGCCAUCAAUCUUUAAUGAUGAAAUAAGUAGCUUAUAAGAAA